AGCCAUCUAACCUUAUGCAAUCUGUUCCUGGUAUCAUAGCAGGCUUCGCCAUAAUCUCUACCAUCAGCCACAUAUCCACGCAUCCAUCUACCGACUAGAAACGGAGAACUCGGCAAGCAAGUAAUCUCGCGGUUCAUCGAUGAGCUCGUAGCCCAUAGUCCCACUAUGAGCGACGUCGCCGUGGCCAACCGCAUGCUGGUCACUCUCCGACGCGAGGACAUCGGCCUAUUCGACCCGCGGCGCCCGGACAGCAGAAACUCUGGCGUCGUUACGGAAGGGACUAUCUUGGUCUUCACAGACGUAGGCUAUUUCAUUGAUCGCGUCAACUCCUUCCUAGAGAAUCCGAUCAAGGAGACCUACAGCCACUACAUAUAUGAGCACGAGGCAACUAUAUACGAGGUCCAGAUCCAAACGCUCUUCGGGUCGCUCCUCCUCGGCGCGGCCGCCACGUGGUGGACCUGCGAAAUGAGCAGCGCCGAGCGCCGAAAUCUCCGAUCCAAGGGCCUCGCCAAAGUCCUCGAUGCCCUGAGGACGCGCUUUGCGAAGAAGUGGGUGGACUAUAGUGAAGAAGCAGACUACUAUGAUUCGUCUACUAUUAUUAACGAGGACGAAAGCGUGAAUGGAGAGCACAUCGGCCUGACCAUCACAGAGUUCGACAACGACGGGGAGAGCCUGCCGCGCUGGAUCCUAAACACCAUCCGAGACCGGCGAGCCGAGGUGGAGGGCUGGGAUUGGCAUGGGAUUAGUACCUGGCACCCCUAUAUCUACGACGCGCCCCCGGAGGUCGUGUCGGUCGUGCCGUUCCCCCUCACCGACAUGUCGCUCAGCCAGUAUAUGCGGCAUAUCGAGGAGGCGUUGCACGACAUCGCACGCACCCUCGAUCUCAUAUGAAUAGUGAAUCAUGUGGACUAGGUAGUGUAUAAAGGCUGGGGUACCGUCCCCUAGGACAGGCAGUAACUAUGUACGAUAGCAAGAAAUGGUCGCCGCUCUGAUACCUGUAGUUAAUCGUUUGUAUCGCCGAGACGAUGGCUUAGUUCGAUCGUGGAGAAAACGGUUUAGCGGCUGAGUAUCAGAAAGCAGGGAGGUAGUCAUGUUGUUGAUGAGUUUUCUAUGCUUGGUG